AUGGCUAAGGGAGCCCCCGCCGCAUCUUCCCCCACGACCGCGACGCCUCCAUCCCGGGCGCUGAAACGAACCACCUCCAGCACCCAGAACAUGAAAAGCCAGAAGUCCAUCCUUGGGUUCUUUCAGAAGUCCUCCCCGUCGACGCCCUCGACCGCUCGCAAUGUCGAGCCUGCCUCUUCGCCUGCCGAAAGGGCCUCGGUGCAGCGCGGAGCCAAGCCGACGACGACAACCGCUAUGAAGAAACGUGCGCCCCAGUUCAAGCAGGACUUGACGCCGGUUCCCAGUAGCGAUCUCGUGAUUCCAGAGGAGGAGGAACAACAGGAUGAUGCUAGUGUUAAUGAGCAAGAGACGGGCACGUCUCCGUCGCGUCGGGCUAGAAAAAAGGUUAAUUACCUUGAAUCCGACACCGAAGGCGAGGAGGACGAUGAAAAGAUCUUCCGCCCCGGUCGCAGCAACAGGAGCAAGCGCCAGAAGCUGUCCCCGGAGAGCGAGGAUGAGUUCAAGGAGGAUGCAGACGAUGCUGGUUACUCUGAUUAUGACAUCGACGACUUCAUAGUCGCUGAUGAAUCAGACGAAGAAGUGAAGCCAGCCAAGAGACGCGCGAAGUCUUCUGCUCAGUCCAAGAACAAGUCAUCUCCGCUCCCGCUGCAAACGCCAGAUGAAGACGAAGAUCUCGAUCUCGAUAUCCCCGAAACGGCCGGCGGCACGGCGUUGAAAUGGAAGUAUGACCCUGAAAGCACCGAGCCCCGGCAACAGCGUACCGCACCCACGACGCCCAAGCGCCCUAGCAACGGUAAACAAAAAGCACACGUUACAGAGCCGGAGCAACGAUAUGCCUGGCUUGCCAACCUUAGGGACAUCGAUGGCCAUCCCAUCGGUCAUCCUGAGUAUGAUCCUCGCACACUAUAUAUACCCCCAUUGGCUUGGUCGAAGUUCUCGCCUUUCGAGAAACAGUACUGGGAGAUCAAGCAGAAGUUCUGGGACACUGUCGUGUUCUUCAAGAAAGGAAAGUUCUAUGAACUCUACGAAAAUGAUGCCACCAUCGGACACCAGCUCUUUGACUUGAAGCUGACGGAUCGUGUCAAUAUGCGUAUGGUGGGCGUUCCGGAGAUGAGCCUGGACCACUGGGCCAACCAGUUUGUUGCCAAGGGCUUCAAGAUCGCGCGCGUGGACCAGAUCGAAUCCGCCCUGGGCAAGGAAAUGCGCGAAAGGGACGGGAAGAAGAAGGCUGGUGGUAAGGAGGACAAGGUCAUUCGGCGAGAGUUGUCUUGCGUUUUGACAGCGGGUACGCUCGUUGAAGGCUCGAUGCUUCAGGAUGACAUGUCUACGUACUGCGUCGCCAUCAAAGAGGCCCUCAUUGAAGACCGCCCGGCCUUCGGUCUGGCUUUCGUCGAUACUGCGACUGGUCAGUUCUUUUUGUCGGAGUUUGUGGAUGAUGUCGAUAUGACUAAAUUUGAGACCUUUGUUGCACAAACACGGCCUCAAGAGUUGCUGCUCGAAAAGUCCACUGUCUCAGCAAAGGCACUCCGCAUCUUGAAGAACAAUACCGGGCCUACCACUAUCUGGAACUACUUGAAACCAGCAAAGGAAUUCUGGGAGGCCGAUAUCACGGUACGAGAACUUGAUGCCAGCGACUACUUUGUCUGUGAAGAUGGGGACAACCUACAGGCCUGGCCCGAGGCCCUGCGGGAGGCCCGGGACAAGGAGCUGGUCAUGUCCGCCUUUGGUGCUCUGGUGCAAUAUCUCCGGAUCCUGAAGCUUGACCGUGACUUGAUCACCAUUGGUAACUUUUCCUCGUACGACCCCAUCAAGAAGGCUUCCAGCCUGGUGCUGGACGGUCAGACACUUAUCAACAUGGAGAUUUUUGCCAACUCCUUCGACGGAACGUCCGAUGGGACGCUGUUCCAGCUCUUGAACCGCUGCAUUACACCCUUCGGCAAGCGCAUGUUCAAACAGUGGGUGUGCCAUCCGUUGGUGGAUGCCAACAAGAUCAAUGCUCGCCUGGAUGCGGUUGAUGCGCUCAACGCUGACUCUACUGUUCGGGAUCAGUUCUCCUCUCAGUUGACCAAGAUGCCUGAUCUGGAGAGACUCAUUUCUCGCAUUCACGCAGCCAACUGCAAGGCUCAAGACUUCGCUCGUGUCUUGGAGGGCUUUGAGCAGAUUGAGUACACCAUGAGUCUUCUCAAAGACAGCGGUUCCGGCGAGGGUGUGAUCGGACAGCUGAUCAACGCGAUGCCGGAUCUCAACAGCUUGCUCGAGUACUGGAAGACGGCCUUUGACCGCACCAAAGCGAAGGAGAAUGGCAUCCUGGUCCCGAAGCCUGGAGUCGAAGAAGACUUCGACAACUCCCAGGAACACAUCGAAGAGAUCCACCAGAAGCUUGAAAACCUCCUCAAAAAAUACCGGCGCGAGCUAGGCUCCACGGCGAUCUGCUACCGCGACAACGGCAAGGAGAUCUACCAGCUUGAAGUACCCAUCAAAGUCAAGAACAUCCCCAAGAACUGGGACCAGAUGUCCGCCACCAAGCAGGUGAAACGGUACUACUUCCCCGAGUUGCGCGCGCUUAUCCGCCAACUUCAAGAGGCGCAGGAGACCCACAGUCAGAUCGUCAAAGAAGUCGCGGGUCGAUUCUAUGCACGAUUUGACGAGAACUACACCACCUGGCUGGCAGCGGUGCGGAUCGUCUCGCAGCUCGACUGCCUUAUCAGCUUGGCCAAGGCGUCGUCCUCGCUGGGCCACCCCAGCUGCCGCCCGGUGUUCGUCAACGACGAACGCAGUGUGCUCGAGUUCGAGGAACUGCGCCAUCCGUGCCUGUUGUCCUCCGUCGACGACUUCAUCCCCAACGACGUACGCCUGGGCGGUCCGCGACCCAACAUCGACCUCCUGACCGGUGCCAACGCGGCCGGUAAAUCCACCGUUCUUCGCAUGACCUGUAUCGCAGUAAUCAUGGCGCAAAUCGGCUGCUACCUGCCCUGCACCGCCGCGACCCUCACGCCGGUGGACCGAAUCAUGUCGCGCCUCGGCGCCAACGACAACAUCUUCGCGGCGCAGUCGACCUUCUUCGUGGAGCUGUCGGAAACGAAGAAGAUCCUUUCGGAGGCGACGCCGCGGUCGCUGGUAAUCCUGGACGAGCUGGGCCGUGGGACGUCGUCGUACGACGGCGUGGCGGUCGCGCAGGCGGUGCUCCACCACGUGGCCACGCACAUCGGCGCGCUGGGCUUCUUCGCCACGCACUACCACUCGCUGGCCGCCGAGUUCGAGCACCACCCGGAGAUCGCGCCCAAGCGCAUGAAGAUCGACGUCGACGAGGCCGAGCGCCGCGUCACCUUCCUGUACAAGCUCGAGCCCGGCGUCGCAGAGGGCAGCUUCGGCAUGCACUGCGCCUCCAUGUGCGGCAUCCCCGCCAAGGUCAUCGAGCGCGCCGAGGUCGCCGCCAAGCAGUGGGAGCAUACCAGUCGGUUGACUGAGAGUCUGGAGCGGCGCAAGAGCAAGGGCAACGGCACCGGCACCGGCACCGGCGGUGCCGCCGUGGUUGGUAUGGGCUGGUGGAGCGAUGUUGCUUGGGCUUUGCGCGAGAGUGCUUCUGCUCCUGCUGCUGUGGACGGUGACAAUAACGGCGAGGCGGGCGUGUCUGAGCGGAGCUUGGAGGUGUUGAGGCGCGCGAUCGAGGCUUUGUGA